AUGAUGCAAACUCGCAUGCUCACCAAAGAAGACGAAGCCCUCACGGGCAGCGAGGACAACGAAGUCCGCCGCGAGGACCAAGAAAAGAUCAAUCGCUUUAGUCGGCUACACCAGCGCGAGACACUGCUGGAGGAGCAGUUGAAGUUGAAGAUGAAAGAUAAAGAAGACUUAGAAGAAAUCUCCACGGAAUUGGAGCUGGCGGACGAGGAUGAGUUGGUGCCGUACAAAAUCGGAGAUGCGUUCUUCCAACUCCCCCUUGAAGAGGCCCAGUCUCUGCUGUCGACGGCAACAGAGCAGGUCGAUGCCGAUGUGAGCAAGCUCGAGGAGGGAUUGAGUGAUCUGCGGGAAGAGUUGCAGCAGCUGAAGGUGGCUUUGUAUGCGCGGUUUGGACGGAGCAUUAACCUUGAGACUUAA